GCUAUUGAGAGGCAGCUGUUCACUGGUAUCCAGGGUGGGGUUUGCUCAGUAAAGAAGAGCACAAAGCUGGAAGUACUGAGUGCACAACUUUCUCAGGAGGUAUUUUGCCAGCAGUUCAAGGGUUCUGGGACUUUUUAUAAGUUGACUUGCACCAUUCUAGUGAGAAGCUAUGGCUGAAGAGCAAACUGGGCUUGAGGAGAGGAUAAUAAUAAAGGACCAGCACACAAAGGAGAUAGACCUGGUGAACAGGGAUCCAAAGCACAUUAAUGAAGAUGUUAUAAAGGUGGAUUUUGAAGAUGUCAUUGCUGAGCCAGCCGGUACAUACAGUUUUGAUGGAGUAUGGAAAACCAGCUACACCACCUUCACAGUCAGCAAGUACUGGUGCUACCGGCUGCUUUCUGUUGUGUUGGGAAUCCCUCUGGCAGUCAUUUGGGGCUUCCUCUUUGCUUUAAUCUCUUUUUGCCACAUCUGGGCAGUGGUGCCCUGCAUCAAAAGCUACGUGAUUGAAAUCCAGUGUGUCAGCAGAAUUUACUCCCUCUGCAUCCACACCUUCUGCGACCCAUUGUGCGAGGCCCUGGGGAAGAUGUUUAGCAGCAUCAAAGUUGCUCUGCGCAAAGAAAUCUAGAGGGACUGGUAGAGAAAACUAGCAGAAACAGUCAUACAACAAUCACACUUUCAACAUUUUCCUAAAAGACUGUAUCACAUUCUUCUCUCAGUUACAUUGGAGUAACCAGGGAAUAACACCAAAGAAGCCUCUGCAGUUACUCUGCAUUCAGGCUGAUGUAAAGGAGAGCAGAACUUCUCAUGUAAUUAUUUCAUGGACCACAAACUUAGAUUAACACAUGCAUUUAUUAAAUAGCAAAUAAGGGUGUGAGAAAGCUAAAGUACAUGUGGGUACAAUGCAAAAUUGUCUGUUUAGUUAGCCAUUAGCUCAAAAUAGUACCAGGAAGCACGGUUAUGUAACAAUUAUUAUUGCUGCAAAUAGUGGUUGUUGUAAACGCUUUUGUUUUAAUUAGCAAUAUGCCAAAUGUGUAUGGAUAUAUAAAUGACAAACUUUUGUUUCCAUUUCAGCUUUUAAAUAUAAAUAACCUUAGUGGGUAAAUUUUUAACUGUUCAUCAUACUUUCUGGGGGUGCUAUUCAUUACUGUAUUUUUGUGGCUGCAAGUGCAUUCAUGGCAUUUUGACCUCAACUAACUGUUGUCAUACAUCCGGCAGUUAAACAUGCCUCUAUUACAAUUUGUAUCCAGGAUUCAAGUGCAGCACCAAUACUGCAGACAUUUGCCCUCUUUUUUUUUUUCUUCAGACAUAAAUUAUACUUACAAACCAGAGGGUUGGGCCCCUUCACCACAUCUGAAUAUUUCCCUCAAUGACUGCAAACAUAUUUGACUAAUUCACUUCAAUAAUGACAAAAGUGGUUUACAUAAAAAGGUAUUUGCCUUAUUUGUUGGGGAAGUGGGAGAGUGUAUGUUAGUUGCUUAUUUGAUCUCCUGAUAAAUUAAGAAUUCUUUCUUCCCUGUGUUUAGUCAUAGCUAAUGAGUUCUGUUGCCGUAUUUCCAUGUUCCCUAUAGUUACAACUGCCUUCACACUAGAGCAAGAAUUAGCUACAAUUUCUAGAAUCAUGGGGCCCCAGUAUCAUCAAUGGCAUUGCACGCAUGUAAACAAGAAUAGAUUUUAGCUCAUUGGACCUAAUUCACUCAUGCAAUGUUUAAUGUGAGGCACUCUAUUGGCUUUUAUGCCUUUAGUUCAGAUGUAUGUGCAAGCAAGAGGAGAAUGAAAUCCAUUGUUUUCAAUGGAAGUUGCAUAUUUCAGGUGAGAGGAGGUUUGGCCUAUAAAAAUAAGGCCAAGUGCAAGGGUAUUUCCUACUCUGUAUUCUCAGGUAAUUUAUCCAGCCCAUUUUUAAUUAAUCAUACAAUGAGGAACCCAUCAAUUCCCUAGGUAUAUUAUUCUGGCUGCAGAGCAGGUGAGUAAUUUCAUUAAAGCAUUUAGGCACAUGCUUAACUUUAAGCACAUACUCAAGUGCCUUGCUAAAUCAGUGCUUGAACUCGCUCACUUUUUGAACAUUUUUCCUGGUAGGUUUAAUGGUCCUUUACUCAGUUCAGUGCAUUGACUUUCCUUAAGUCCUUAGGCCCCAGUCUUCAAAAUAAUUUAGAUGCCUAACUUCCAUUGAAAUUUAUGAUGCUCCUCCAAUUACUAUUAAGAGCCAAAAUCUCUACUGGUGCUACUCCAAUGACUUCAGGGAUUUUUGCUCUAAUUAUUGCAAAGUAAUGGCACUAAAUAUGCCAGUGACAUUAAUGCUUUAAAAGGAUUAAUAAAGAAUAGAGAAGGUAGUGACUGGAAAAUGACUAAUGCAAAAUCUUAGAGAAAGAUGAGCCAAACAGCUAUAAUGCUGCUCUAAAGCAGACAAGGGGGAAUAUUACAGACAACUCACAGUGGGCUACAUUUUUAAAGAAACUUCAGUUGUCUAGUUGUGCAGAGAGAGCAAACAGAACCACUCUUAUGUAAGUAGCUACCUGAUUUAGGACAAAAUCAGGUCGGGAGCAGUCAAAAUGCAUAAAUGUGCAAAAAUGAAAGGCCCAAAUGAUAGCAGAAUUUCUUGAGAAAUUGCAAUGGGAUAGGAAAUGUCAAUUGUUUUGGGGAGUGAGUUAAUCCUUAAAGAAACACUGUAAGUUCAUUCUUACAGCCCUGAGUCCCUUUGAAAUAGCUCCAACAAAGACCAUAUUGUUAUAGGGCAAUAUUUUUAGUUUUUCACUGUAAUAAAGAUUAUAAUAAAAUGUGCUGUGAGGGAGUUUGCUCAAAAAGGUACAGACAACUCUUUACAGCUGUACUCUUGGGCUAUUAGUAUGUACAGUGGGGCCUUCACAUUGCUGUAUCUGAGCUCAUGUGUCUUUUGAUAUGUAUUAAUGCAAUAUCUUUUAUUCAUUUUUUUCUCUUGAGCAAGGUGUCUUGUUUCAUCUUUUCAAUGGUCUAAAGUUAGCUCUUUCAGAGCAGGGGGUCUAGAUGAUGGAGAGGAGUUGUCAUGGGCUACCAAACCAUUCAUCCACAGUGCAGGUUGUGAGCUUUUUGGGUCAGGGAUUCUGAUAUACAGUUAUCUAGUGAAAUCUUUCCAACAUAUUUACUGAUACCUUGAAAUCCAGUCAGUACUGACAGCACCAUCCUUAGGAUUUAUGGGGCCCUACUAGUACUAUUAAACUGUUACCCCUAUGCCCAAUAGCAGCCUGCGAAGGAAAGGGAAGAUGAUUUUUAGAGAUGUGAUUUUAUAAUCUUCAGCAACACGCUAAUGAAAUAUUUAAAUUUUAAACUAAGGUCUUGUAGACUAAUACAGUAAAUUCAGAAACUGACAGUAGAUACCUGGGGUUGGCAAAUGCCUGUUAAAUGGGUUCGUCACCACUUGAAUUGCUCUUUCCCAGGUUCAAUAUUGUGCUAAUAGGUUUGGCAGGCUUUUUCACUUUUAAAUUAGUGAGAUUAUCUCCGGAGGAAGCAGAGCUGCAGAACAGGAAUAUGAAGAGCUGGAGGGUGGACAUUAGGACCCAGUGAUGCCCCAAAUGUUUGGGUGCCCUAUGCAGGUGCGUAUUCUGCAUAUGGGUAAGUACAGUCCUGAGUACUGAAUAGUGGCAUCAUCCCAGAAGCUUCCCUGCUUCCCUCUUGCUCUGUGAAGGAAGUAAUUGGUAUCAGAAUGCUUUCUGGUGCAGUCUACAUCCCCACCCCUCAAUGCGAGGUCAGCUAUGCUGCCUGGCACUUUGUGAAGAGGGAGGGUCAGAACUAUGGUCCCACCCACUUCGCAUCUCUGCCCACCCAUCACUACUCACCAGGUGCAGGAGGAGGAGGAGAUGACAGAGUGGCCCAGUCAUAGCUGUUCUUCCCCUGUAUUGCUACACACAAUAGCAGUAGGCUAGACAGUGCAGCAAAGUGGCUGACUAUGGUGCAGAAUGGGAUCUAGGAUCAUUACCUGGUCCAAAUAAUAAAAGUUCAAAAAUAGGUAAAUUUAGGGCAAAACAACUUUAGUUUUGAUUAUUGUGAUUUAUUGUUCAUUGGGUUUAAAAUAUAACCAGCAAUUAUCUUCCUCCGCUCUCCCCCCGCUCAAAAAAAAAUUGCUGAACUUCCUGUUUGAAAACCAAAGAAGAGCAUCAUUCAGUUCUCUUGAUAUACAGAACAUUGAAGCAGCCUCUGGACAAACUGAUUCAACUCCCUGGAUGGUGGUAAGAAGAGAGUGCAGGAUCAGGUUUUAAUAAGAGCAUAAUCACGGUAAAUGAACCAAAUCCUAAUGGCCUUAUUCAGGCAAAACUGACGCCAAUGGGAGUUUUGCCCAAACAAGGGUUGAGUCAGAAGGUUAGAUGUUGGCCCUCUAUUUCCAGCACACUAUGAAAUAUGAUUAUAGUGAGUUCCAGAAAGAUACGGAAUGUACAGUGGAUGGUAGGAAUAACACAAGGAAAACUGCAGUUGACCUGGAUUCUAUACUGCUUGGCACAUUGUAAGGUCACUGACACCUGUGCAAGGUGACACAAACUCUUUUGUAGCAAAACAAUAGUAUUUGAUGCUCACUGUCACCCUCAGUCAUCAUGUCAAAGAUCCUUGCAUCUUGAGCACCACUUAGACCAAUCUCUAGGACCAUCCUCAAAGUGUUCUGGCUGGAUAAUGAAUUUAUGUCCACCAUCAAUUAUCAUAUUAAUGCCCAACUUGCCCAGAAGUAAAUGUGGGCCAGAAGACAGAGUCAUAGGCAAUUUGUAGAGACAAGUCCAAGCCGCAAAGUUCAGUUUAAAUAGUUCUUGAGAUUUGAGGGCAUACAUGGGAUGGGAAGAAGGGUUUUGAUUGGGCCUAUUCUAAGAAUAAAGCCCAGGUUCUGAAUUUUCCAAACAUUUGGGAAAGAUUAGCUUUGGAUUUGGGGUUUUGUCCUUUCUCUAGUUUGAAUCAGAAAAAAAUGCUUUUCAAAUCCUGCAAUUAAAUAAAUCAGAAUCCCAUGCCAUUCGGAAGAACCCUCUUUGAUACAGUAGGAGUUGUGCCUGAGGCAGCAAUGCAAGACUCAAACAUUGUUCAAUUGGAGUUUUGGGCUAUUAGUACUAGGGUAGCAGAACUAAACUGAGGCUCAGCUAUAGGACUGGAACGCCCCUCUGGAGGCUGGCAGGAAAAGGGACAAUUGCAUGAAGAUUCCAAGCUCAGGAGGCCCCAAAAUGUCUAUAAAUGAGGUGAAAGGUGAUGUGGAGGAAGCACAUGUGAUAUACCAGGGACCCAAGUUACUCUCAACAGGUCUGACUCUACUGCAAUCAGUGAAGCUGACCGGCAUUAAAAACAAGAGUAUGCAAUGAUACAUGAAAUUCUGUAUUUCAGCUCCAAGUUGAACCAAUGAGUGGCAUGAUACUUAAAAGUCAGUCCCAUGCUGAAAUUUAAAAAAAAAAACCUGAUUGAAGGCCAUAACAAAAUCUAUAGAACUGUAAAUAUAUCUAUCAAAUCCUUCAGCUCCCUUUCAUGUGAAGUCCUAAUUCAUGCCUGGUCUCUCACUUGGAAUGACUUGUGUGAAAAAGCAUGAUAAACAUGAGCAAAGGGUUGGCCACUCAGUCCCGCAUGGCCUCCCACUUUCACAACUGAAUUCACUAGGCAAACUCACACUGAUUUCACCAGGCAUGGGAUCAUUCCUUAACUGUUUGCACUUUUUUCUCAAUGGUACCACAGUUCUCCUAGCUUUUUGCUUACCUAAUGCAAUGUUGUACAGUCCAUAAAUGUUUGGUGCAUUAAUCUAGAAAGAAAAGCAUUCCAUACAAACAGAUAUACAGUACUUGCAUUUUGUGGAUAAAGCAUUUUUUCCCUCCAUGGUUUCCUUUGUAUGCUUUUUCCACUGCUCCCAUCUUUUCUUCAAGUUGAAUUUAUAAAAUUGUAUUUACUAGAAUAAAAUCUUUUAACAAAUAUUCUAUGCCAUAGGAUCAUGUGAAUUACAUGAAAAGAAAAUUAUAUUGGUGCAAUAUUUCACGGCUGGCAGAAAACAGAACAGUGAAAUCUUGGCUUCACUUAAGUUUUGUCUUUGACUGUAAGAGAGCCAGGAGUCUGCCUUAACUAAAGCUUUUGAACACAAUCAGAAUAUGUGUUUUUGCACCAGCACCUGGAUCCUGUAAACAUUUACGCCCAUCCUUAAACUGACCCAUGUACAUGGUCCCUCUGAAGCCAAUGAGACUUACUCACAAACAUCAAGAUAAGCAUGUGCAUAAACAGUUUCAGGAUCAGGGCUGAAACCCUUACUCAAUCAAAGCUCUCUGAAUGCCAGUGGAGCAUUAUUGCUGAAUAAGGAUAUAUUGGAAGGCCUUAAACAAACCUGUUGCCAAACAGGAAUCAGUAGGACUGCUUCCAUGAGUAACACUUACUCACUUGAGUAAGGACAGCCCAGGUAGAUUUUACUCCUUAAAGUCAGUGAAGCUGUACCCACUUACAUCAGGGCUGACUUUGGCUCAUGAGUUUCUGUCAUCUUUCUGUCAGCUUUCAGGACACGCCCCUUAGUUAUUAUUCAAUCAUUGUGCAAAACCUCCAUUGCUUUGAAUGAGUGAAGGAUUCAGAAUCUGGUCCAUUGAGUUGAACUCCAUAAAGCUAGCCAUCCUAAAUUGUGCUUUUGACAACAGCCGUUUUUUUCCUUAGUCUUGCCUCAGUUAAAUAAAGAAUUCAAAACACACACAUACACACACACACCUAUUUACAUAUAUACCCUUCCACCCAUAUAUUCAGGAUUACAGUUUUUUACAA